UCAUACUUAUUACAUCUCUGCUUUUAUUUGUUCGUUUAGAAUUUAACAAGAUCUUGCUAUUGUUACCGCAAGGCUUGGAAAUGAAAUUUUUAGUUUCUUGUACAUGUAAAAUGAAGGAAAUUUUGAAUAAUUAUAUUAAACUCUAACAAAUUUUGCUUGUAGAUUGCUAGCGCUUAGCAUCAUGUUCGUAUUUUCAGCAUAUAUUGGAUUUAUACUUUAUUCAUUACUUGCAAAUUCAUUUCGGACUGGAUAGAUGCUCGCUAGAAAAAUGAGAUUGUAGCUAUUUUUCUCAUCGAAUAAUUCUUGUUUUUGUUUUAUGUUUACUCUGGAAAACCAAAGUGGUGAAAAUGUUAAGCCGGAUUUUAGAGUCGAUUUUGACAAAGCUGGGAGAGUCAUUUGUGUCAAAGUUGGUGGAUCAAACGGCAGAUAAUGCACACAACAAUGUGAAAAGUAUAAAGGACUUUGAGCUCAUUCUAAAAGCUCUGCAGAAAAAGUUGAAGGCAUUGGGUGCUAAGGCAUUUGAUGUUGAGGAGGAAAUCAAGAACUCAGAGCUUUCUGGUCAAAAGAAAAGGAAGCGCGAAGUUGAGGAGUGGUUGGAAGAAGUCAGGUCCAUCGAAAUGCAAGUUGUUGAGUUGGGGAUUCAAGUGGAAUCCGAAGGAUUUAUUACGAGAUUGAUGGAUGGAGGGUUACCAGCUAAACUAAUUGAUGAGGUUGACACACUUGUUGAGCAAAGUCGGAAUUUCGGUGAACUUGUCCUUGAUGUUUGUGGAAGUAGGGGAGAUAAGUUGUUGACAAAUGGAAUGGUUGGUGAAGCUUUUAAUGAAAAUUUGGAAAUGGUUUUGAAACUAUUAGAGAGUGGGGAAGUGUCCAGCAUUGGUGUUUAUGGCAUGGGUGGUGUGGGCAAAACGACACUGGCAAAGCACAUUCACAAUCGACUCCUCCAACACUCUCAGGGACGUGUGAUUUGGGUUACAGUCUCUCAAGACUUUAGUGUAACGAGUUUACAAGAUAAAAUAGCUCGUUUAAUAGGUGUGUACUUUCUGGGUGAGGAUAAUGAAGUUAUAAGGGCGGCAAGACUCAAUACAGCCUUGUCUCAGAUGAAGAAUUCAGUGCUGAUAUUAGAUGAUGUGUGGGAAAAUAUUGAUCUAUUAAAGGUUGGAUGUCCCAUUUCUGUUGAGUGUUGUAGGCUGAUUAUAACUACUCGCUCCUUAGAACUGUGUCGUCAAAUUUGUUGCCAAAAAAAGAUUCAAGUGCAAAAUCUAGAAAAUGAUGAGGCAUGGGAAUUGUUCAAGGAAACUCUAAGAAAUGAGAGAGAGCUUGAUUUUUCAGCAGAAGAGAAUGCCAGAUCUAUGGCAAAAUUGUGUGGUGGUCUGCCCCUAGCAAUUGUUACAGUGGCUGGAAGCAUGAGGGGCGAGAGAGCCAUUCAUACAUGGAAAAAUGCUUAUGAAGAACUAAGAGAACGUGUCUCAGGGAAUGAUGGCAUGGGAGAUGGUGAGGUUUAUAAAGUAUUGAAAUAUAGUUUUGAUCGGUUGAAUAGGAAUCAUCAUAGUCUGAGUAAUGAGUUCAAUACAUUGCAACAUUGUUUUCUGCAUUGCGCGUUAUAUCCAGAAGAUUAUAAAAUAAUGAGAGAGCAUUUGGUUAGAGAGUUCAUUUCAGGAGGGUUGGUAGUAGAAAGAAAGACAAGGAGAGCGCAAGUUGAGCAAGGACAUUCCAUAUUGGAUAAAUUAGUAAAUGUGUGCCUGUUGGAAAGUUGUGCUGUUCCCGGUAGGUUUGAUCCUACGGAAUGCGUGAAGAUGCAUGAUCUGGUAAGAGGUAUGGCACUGAAGAUAUGUGAGGGGAAAUAUAUGGUAAGAGCAGGUGAUAAGUCUUUGAAGGAAAUUCCCAAAGAAGAAGAAUGGGCAAAGGAUCUGGAGAAGGUGUCCUUAGUGGACAAUGGCAUAAGGAGAAUUGAAGAAGGAAUGUCUCCUAAUUGUCCUAAGCUCUCAACAUUGCUUUUAUGGGGUAAUUAUUGGUUGGAGUUUAUCCCAGAUUCAUUCUUUCCUAAAAUGCAAGGACUAUGCACUCUUGAUUUGAGCCGUGCUAGCAUAACAAAGCUGCCAAACUCAAUCCGUGCCAUGAAGAACCUCAAGGCAUUGAUCCUUGAGUCAUGUUAUAAGCUAAAAGAUGUUCCAUACUUGGGAGGGAUGAAAAAACUCAGGGAGUUAAACCUCUCGCAUACAGCCAUCAAGAAAGUCCCUCGGGGAGUUGAGGAAUUAUUCAAUCUCAAAUUCCUAGCAAUGGAUGCGGAUAACUUGAGGAUGAUUCGAAGCGGAUUGUUUACUAAACUUGGUAAUCUUCAGCACUUAGAAUUACCAUUCCGUAUACAAGUAGUAUUUGAAGAAAUUGAGAAUCUGGAAAUGCUAGAGGAGUUUAGUGGAAGAGUGAAAAAUGUGAAUGAUUUUAAUUCUUUUAUUACAAGCUUGGGAAGUCGGGUGCAUAACACUUACUACAAAAUAGGAGUAGGAUCAUAUGAUAAAGGUAUCUAUGCAACAAGAGGAGUAUGUUAUAAUAAAGAGCUGUUCCUGUCCAAAUGCAACCUUAAAGAUGAGAGAGUAUUAGCAGAGCGAAUUGUGCAGCUAACAAUUAGUGAAUGUGAGGGCCUGAGCGUAUGCUUUGUGGAUGGAUUGAAGAGAUUGACAAUUCAAUACUGUGGAGGAAUAGAGUACAUUUUGAAGAAAUGUCAAAUGUCUACUCUUGAAGAAAUUGAACUGGUUAAGGUGGAUGCUAUGAAGGGGUUGAUCAACAAGGGGGAAAUAGGAGCAUCAUCUGCACUUGCACAACCUGUGUUUUCCUCUCUGACAAAGUUAACAAUUGAAAAGUGUAACAAGAUGAGGAUACCACUAUCAGGAGUUCCUAACCUUGAAGUUAUUGAUAUAAGCAGGUGUGAAGAAAUAGAAGAGAUAUUUGAAGAUGAAGGAACAAGUUCCCUCACCCUCCCUAAAUUAAAAUCCUUAUGGUUACGUAAUCUGCAAAGACUGAGGAAGGUGGGGAUACUAUCAGGAGUUCCCAGCCUUGAAGUUAUUGAUAUAAGAGAGUGUGAAGAAAUAGAAGUGAUAUUUGAAGAUAAAGUGUUGGUAGAUUGUGAUAGCUUCGGUUUUUGAGCUCGGUGAUGGUGUUCGGUGUCAGAGCUCGGUGUUACGAGCUUAAUCGAGUUCGGUGUUAGAGUUCGGUAGUUCGGCACCAAGUUCGGUGGCUCGGCAGCUCCGUGGUCUGGAGAGAACGAUCAAAACAUGAAGAAGAGUUCGGCUGUUAUAACAACUCGUUUCAACAGCCGUUGGAUGUACUUAGUUAGUCAUGUUUAAUCCUGACCGUUAGAUGGAAAAUAGCCGUUAGUUAGUUUUGAGCUUUUAAUAGUUUGUUAUUCUGCUUUAUUCAGUAAUUUUUCAUCUUCCGUUUCUGGUGAAUAAAAUUCUCUUUCGAUUUCCAAGUCUUGAUUUUUCCUCUCCCAACAUUCGACAAUCUGUAGCUAGGAUUAACAUAAAGGAACAAAUUCCCUCACCCUCCCUAAAUUACAAUCCUUAUCCUUAUAUGAGCUGCCAAGACUGAGCAAGGUUGGAAUACUAUCAGGAGUUCCCAAUCUUGAAGUCAUUAAUGUGAGAAAGUGUCUAGAAAUAGAAGAUGUGUUCGUUGAUGAAGGAAGUGAUAGCCCCAUCCUCCCCAAAUUAAAAGAGUUGAAUUUGGAUGAGCUUCCAAAACUGAAGAGCUUAUGCAAGGGAACAGCAGCCAUCAUUUGCAACUCCAUUGAAUCUAUCUUCAUAGAAGAGUGCCCAAGUUUGAUGAAGAAACUUCCUGUGGUUGUGGAUUUGGCUGUGCCUCGACAUUGUGAGAUAAAGUUGAACCCAGCAUUGUGGGAAUCAUUGAAGUCGGACGAUCCCAACCUUUCUCCUAUCUUCUGUUCUACCCGUUACCCAAGGCUGUUCAUGUUUUAAUGUAAGUUUUCUGUAUAGAUAUUUUGCAAUAACACGAUAUAUAUCCUUUGCUUAUGCGUCUAAA